AUGCUUCUGCACAGUCUCCAAGCAGAUCCCUGGAUCAGUUCAGAGGCCUGCUGUGGGCCGGGGAGAGGCCCUUUGCAGCUCUGGUUGCAGCAUCUGCAGAUCCGGAGAUCUCCCUCUGACCCUUCCCCAUGUGGGGAUGUUUACCCAAAGUACCUUCCAGUCUUGCCAAAAACCAAUGCUGAUCAGCCAUUGUGCUUACUUUCAGGGACACCCAUAAGGACGAAACCACUGUCUUUAAUCUUGGGCCUUUGUGCUCUUGUAGCACGUUUCACACCUGGUGAGAGUCAGUUUGGCCCUAGGGGACCAUACCCACCUGGACAACAGCCUCCUCCUCCACCGCCUUAUCCUUUUGACCCAGGACUUGUUGCACCUCGUCCGUAUGGUCCAGGGAGAAUUCCACCACCUCCUCCACCUCCUUAUGGCCCAGGGAUAGCUCCUCCCCCUCCUCCUUUCCCUUAG